CGCUGCUCCACGUCCGGACGUAAAAAUAAGGCGGUUUCCGCGCCCGCCCGCCUCCUACCUUCUACUUCUAUGGCUCCACCUAACAAACCUGUGCACAAAUCUUACUCGAGGCUCAGAAGUCUACGAAUAUAGAAUCGUAGCGUUGGAAGGGAUCCUCACGGUGAGCUAGUCCAACCCCCUGCAAUGCUAGCGGUUCUUUAAUUGCUGUGCCACACAAGCUUCCGGCUUCUUUGAAGCCACGCAAACCACAACAGCCCCCUUUUCGGUGUCAGGGUGAAGGAAGGGUGCCUUCGGGGAGAUCCUGAGCGGAGCGCUGCGUCGCCUGAUGUUUCCCCGCCCCUGCGAGGGGCCGAACACAGAAUCACAUGUUUCAGGUCCGUCGGGGCAGAGUUGGGCAUCCGCCUCCUGGCCCGGCAGGCGUGGACUCAAUGAAGUGCGAGCUGCGAUCCAGCCGGCGGCAGUUCCUCUCCUGGAGAACUUAGGCGCUAGAGCUGCGCGGAGCCCUGGCCGGGAGACAGACCAUGGUGGCUCUUCUGAAGAGUCUGCUUGCGGCAUCGGAGAAAGCAGCCUGCAUUGCCCAGCUUUGCCGUCAAGAGGAGGCGCUCUUCAGCUUGCUCAUUGAGGAGAAGAGAGGAGCAGACAAGAACAAGAAGUUCUUGCAGGACUUCAAGACGUUGGCCGACGUGCUGAUCCAAGAGGUUAUCAAGCAUGAUGUGGGGCAAAAGUUUCCAGAAUUACAAGAUCAUAUCCGUGGUGAGGAGUCCAACAAAUUUGAAAAUGGCCUUGGGGAGACGGUGGUGGUGCAGGUUUGCGCCACACAACAAGAAACUGCUGCCCUCUUGGAAAAAGUCCUUGACCGGAACCAAGCAGCAGCCGAGCUGCUGGCUGCAGCUAUUCAUCAGGAAGUGGUGCUUUCAGACCCAGCGCUGAAUGAUGUAGCUGUGACUAUCUCCACAGAGAGCAUGGCUGUGUGGAUCGAUCCCAUAGAUUCCACCAAUCAGUACAUCCGUGGGCGUGGCGAUGUGCUGCCUGUGGAUGGCAUCCACCCCUCAGGGCUGCGCUCGGCGCUGGUGCUGAUAGGCGUCUACAACCGUCACUCAGGCGAGCCUGUCCUAGGCAUCAUCAACGAGCCCUUCUUCCAGGAAAAGCUACCAGCACGCAGGUGGCAGAGCAAAUAUCACUGGGGCAUCUCCUAUGGGGGCACCCGCCUGAGCUCGCUAAGCCGGCCCCAGCUGCGGACUUCCCCUCGUGUGGUCCUGAGCAGCAAUGAGAAAGUGGGGCUGCAGGAAGCCCUGGCCCCCCUCUAUGGGCAGCAGUUGUGCUUUGCCUCCGGUGCUGGGUACAAGAUGCUGUGUGUGGCGCUGGGGCUGGCCGACGCCUACGUCCUCUCGGAGGGCAGCACCUUUAAGUGGGACUCCUGCGGCCCCCACGCCAUCCUGCUAGCCCUUGGUGGAGGCAUGGUUGACCUUUCGGAGGCCUUGAAGUCCUGGCAGGCUGGGCAACGCAAGCCGCUACCGGAACUGACCUACAACAAGCCUGUGGAGGGCGCUCUGGGUGCCGAGCGCUGGGCCAACCAAGGAGGGCUUGUGGCCUACAUCCACCGGGAGCAUUUGGAGGCUGUGAUGGCCACUCUGGCAGCAACAGCAGACACCUUCUAAAGCUCCUCCUCUUCCUCCCUCCAGGGGGACGGGGAGCCAAUCUCUGGGCAAAGGGCCCCGGCUUCCUCACCUUCCAAGGGACCAGAACGUUACUGACAAAGGCAACACACCUGGAUCAACUGAGGUUGUACCUUUCACCUCUGGCAUUUCUGUGCCCUGUUUCCGCCACGUGCCAGUGGGGAGGAGCAAAGUGAUCACAAAUCCCUCAUGUACCGCAAACCAUGGUUUUUAUCUUAACUGUAGCCAGGAAAUGUAACCUCCAUGCAUGCAGAGGUGGCUGUGGUGACCUUAAAUUGUGCCCCCCCCCAAUCCUUGGUGCAUUGCUCCUUUUACAUGAGUAAUAUGUAUUAUUGUUAUCAAAUUUAAACUUAGUAACUGCGCUGCGGAAAGCAUGCUGAGGAGACUACAUGUUCUGAGCAUAAUUAAGAGAAUUGUUUUAAUUAAAGAAAAUAACAGAAGUUACAUUAACUCUGCAAAACGUUACAAAAACAUGACCCACCCACCAGGAUACUGAGAAGUACACAGACCUCCUUAUAUACUAUAUCCGAUUGCUGACACAGCUUAAUUAAACACAAACAUAUCCUCACCUGCUGUACUGCCCCACAGCUGCAAAACUAGGUCAUGGCAUUUACUUCUGGCUUUUAAAGAGAUACACAUUCUUGUGAAACAGUAAUGAACCUCAAAACUUAAGCCAUUCAACAGUUAUGAGUAAUGCAGUAGACAUGCAUUGGGGACCGUUCUAUAGCUUUCAAUCAGCAUUCUCUGCUUCUAGCAUCUUGCAUAGGGCCCUGUGACCAGCACUGCUUUUAGCUGUCCAUUGCACAGGCCUGUUUUCUAAGGUGCGUCCCCUGCUUUCCCUGCUUGUGACAUGUGAUCUGGAUCAUCUACAGCUUGAUCCAUGAGCAGCUAACAGUCGGUUGGUUGGUUGGUCCUGCUUCCCUGCUAUGAAGACAGUCUAGGUGGCCUUCAGCUCUGUGAGGAGUGUCUGCACCAGUCUUCUGUAACACAAACUCCAAUGGGACAGUGUUUGGUUGCGGGAGGCUAGGCUGCAGAUCUGUAACAAAGAGUUCCUCAGGAUCAUUUGUAAGGAGCAAUGGCAGCUGAAACAAUCAAUCAAAGCAUGUGCUGUGAUUCUGGGAAUAUCCUCCCAAAUUUGCCAUUGUAUCAAAUUGCAGCUUAUCCAGAUGGAUUCACCUUUACAGUUCUAUAUGAGCUCAGUUUCAUGCAGAAUAACUGACCGUUUCCUGGGAGUCCCAAAAUCAUGUCUCCAGCCCCUUUGACAAGGAUGGGGAACAUGGCCCUUUGGAUGUUGCUGGCUAGACCUGGAGGAAGUUGAGAGCCCAGCAAGAUCUGAAGGCCACAGGCAAGCCAUGUCAGGAACACAAUUCUGGGGAGGGAGAGGGAAGAAGGCCUGGCUGCAAUUCACCCAUUCAUUGUCCUUGUCCUGGAGCCACCCAUAUUUCAGAUGUUUCUAACACAUUGCUUUAGAAACCAACCAUAAAUUGCUCAGCUUUUAAAAAGUAUUUGCAAUCAGAAUAAGAAAAUUAAGGUUGACCAACUGUAUACAGAUGAACACACAAACUUAUAUAUGGUUUCUGUAAUUUACUUUGAACAUAUCAUGUGAGUGUUCUUUGAGCAGAAUUUGAAUUUUAAAACAUUUCUUUUUACUUGUUAUAGCAGUUACCCAGUAUUUAAAUACUAAUAAACUGUAUCUAAGAUUGGAAUUGCACAGAAUAUUCUCAGAUAUUUUUUUAAGUAGGUGAAUCUGAAAUAUUAAACACAGCUGAAUAUUCUGAUAACUGCUAAAGUGUGUGCUUGGGGAACACAAGUACCAGUUUUUCUUCUACCAAGGAAUCUAACCUGCAGUAAAUAGAUUUGCCUCCUUUUCAUGAAAUGCUCAACAUAAUUUUACCAGCAACAAAGAUCAGAUAUAAAAUAAGUAUUUUAAAUAAUAUGAGAUCAAAACUUAAAGUAAAACAAGGAAUAUGUCCGAGCAGCAAUAGUAUAAUUGGCCAAAAUACACUCUCACUUUAAAAACACAAAUUGUAUCUCUGAGAAUUUUGAGGGCAAAUUGUGUUUUGUUUUCUAGAGUGCAAUCCGAUGCUUCAGUCUCACUGUGUGCUACAUGAGAGGAGCACAAAUUGCAGUGCUGCGAUGAUUGAUUGUUUGUUUGUUGUUUUACCUGUCCUUCACUAGCAGAUCCCAUGGCUGGUGACAACAAUUUAAAAAUUAGUAUUAAAAAAUGCUGAAACCAAUUACAGUCACAGGAAUAGGGUGAGUCCUGAAAAUGCAUAUGUCAGGUGUCAAAGGCCAGGGGGAAGAGGUGCGUCUUCAGCAUUUAGCAAAAGGUUCCUGGUGAAGGGGCGAGAUGCGCCUCUGUGGGAAGGGAGUCCCACAGCCCAGGGGCUGCCACAGAAAAUGGACUGCAGCUCCAGCUCCAUCUGCCCCAGCCAAGGUACCAGGUUGGGGAAGGCUAAGCUACGGGAAACUGCCUCUCUGGUGUGAUUGAUUUUUAACAACAUUUAAUUGGAAUAACUAAGAAUGCUGAGGAUGUUGUGAUAUAUUGCCAUCCUCUCUGGGCACAAGAAAUAUAAUGGUUUAGAAAUCUUAAUGAAUGACUUAAAGCAGCCUUGGGACCACAGGUGUCUGUGCUGCUCCUUCGCAUUAAAACAAGCCGGCAGUCUUGCAAUACUCUUGUGCCACUAGAUGGCACGAUAGCCCCUGGGUGAUAUUUAUUUACCAAGAGUUGGAUUGAGAGCCUGGAGCUGAGCUUUCGCCUACGACAGUGUAUUUUAUAACACAAACCUGGCUCAAUUCCAUAUUUGCUUGUUGCAUAUUCUGUUUAAACUCUAACGGAAAGGCAGAUGUAAUCAGAUCUGCUACGGUCUUCUUUUAAAGGAAAGAGCACAGACCUGGUACAUAAAAACACUUAUGCGCCAUGUAAAGUGGAGCCACAUUUGUUUUUACUGUUCAGCUGAUGAUUUAUAUUGACCCCUAAUUAUUCUGUGCAAAUUCAGGCUUCUAAUAUUGUGCAGCCUGAGAAUUCCAGCUGCUGCUGCUCCCGUUUCCUCCUCCUCCUCCUUUAAAAAAGCUGCUUUGAAUAAGCAAAAUGCAGCACAAUCCCAACUGUGUCCAGAGAAGUAUGUCCUAUUGAAUUCAUUGGGGCUUACUCCCAAGUAAGUUGGCUUCAGAUUCCUCAGUGGUGAAGAACAGGAGCCUUUUCUGGCUGCUUUGGACUACAACUCCCAUCAGCUCAGCCAGCAUGGACAAUGAUCAGGCAUGUAGGGAGUUGCCAUCCAAUAAUAUCUGAAAGGCCCCACCUCCUUAUGGCUGACAAGAUAGGCCAGGUGUUGUAGGAAAUCUCAAAAACCCACAAGGGGAUUGAGUAAAAUCCCCAAGUUAGACGGAACAUCCUCAGGAUCAGGAGAAAACAAAAGGGCCUGACUGAACAUGCAAUAUUGCAUCCCUAGAUACUCCCAGUUGCAGAAAUUGGACAUGUCUUCUUAGAGUGGCCAUUGACACUUGGCCAAAUGAAUGGACACCAAUUUGCAUAUGCUGUGUGUAGAGGCGCAAUUAAAAAUAUUAGUAGGUUAUAUCCUACUAAGUCAUAGUCACUAGACCCAUUGAUUUCAGUGAUUCCAAGUACAACUUAGUUGGGUAUAUGAUAUUAUGACGGAUGUGUUAUGUCACCCUAUAAUUCUACAAGGGAAUACUAUACAUCUCACUCUAGUGGGGAAGACUCUGCCUCUGUGUUUGUACUUAGUCUGCUGCCAAGGUGAUAUCUGUUGAUGGGCAACUUCAGGGCCCCUGCUCUUCCUUCUGUAUCUUUAAACCAGACCUGGAAUGCAGGGCCAUUCAAAUAGAGGACACCUUCGUACAGAGAACUGUCACCUGUCCUCAUCCUAAGCUUCUGAUAGCUCUGAAAAUCGACAACGAUAGGACGUGGCGUGCUGCCCACAGGGGCGUGGCAUGCGUCAAGGGGGCAUGGUGCACCGCCUGCAGGGGUGUGGUGCCCAGUGCGGGGGCAGCCACAAUGGCACCCCACUGGGAUUGUGCCACCGGGGGCAGUGUGCUCCCCCCACACCCCUGUUCCUCUACCAGUGCCAGCCCCUUCAAAUAUUUUAUUGGGGAGGGGGCUUAAUUUAUUAUUAUUAUUAUUAUUAUUAUUUUAUUUAUACCCCGCCCAUCUGGCUGGGUUUCCCCCACCACUCUGGGCGGCUUCCAACAAAUAGCAAAAUACAUUAAAAUAUCACAGACUAAAAACUUCCCUUAACAGGGUUGCCUUUAGGUAUUUUCUAAAUGUCAGGUAGUUGUUUAUCUCUCUGACCUCUGAUGGGAGGGCGUUCCACAGGGCGGGCGCCACUACCGAAAAGGUCCUCUGCCUGGUUCCCUGUAGCUUUCCUUCUCGCAGUGAGGGAACCGCCAGAAGGCCCUUGGUGCUGGACCUCAGUGUCCGGGCUGAACAAUGGGUGUGGAGACGCUCCUUCAGGUAUACAGAACCGAGGCCGUUUAGGGCUUUAAAGGUCAACACCAACACUUUGAAUUGUGCUCGGAAACGUACUGGGAGCCAAUGUAGAUCUCUCAGGACUGGUGUUAUGUGGUCCUGGCGGCCGCUCCCAGUCACCAGUCUAGCUGCUGUAUUCUGGAUUAAUUGCAGUUUCCGGGUCACCUUCAAAGGUAGCCCCACGUAGAGCGCAUUGCAGUAGCUUAAGAGGGGUUAGCUCCUAAGUUGGGGUAUGUGUUGUUCGUGUAUCAAUGUCUUUGGUUGCUUGGCUAUGUGUAGCACCUGCUGUGCCUUUGAACAGCAUUUUGCCCAUUUAUCACACUGAUCUGAGCAUUAAAGAUUUUGGUAGACACUGCAACCUGAGUUUGAAUUCUUCAUUGAGUGGGAGACGGGAAACUCCCCUCCACAGCAUGCUUUUCUGGAGAUUCUCCUGACCCUCCCAUAGCCAGCUUUUGGGGGGCGGCAUGUGGGUGUCUGUGCUCUUCCCUUUCCCUAUAACAAUAUGUUCUUGUUCCUCCCAUAAUUUCUACCCAGUUGUAAUUGAAAGUGGCAACAUGAGCAAGCAUCUCCUAAAGGAUCGCAGGUAAAAAGUUGUCUUCUAGCUUUUAUUUUUUGGUUGCUUGGAAAUACUUUGGAGAAGAGGGGACCUAGACACCUGUGGAAAGAUGGGGACUUUCAGUCCUUGCAACCUACUGGGGAGAGUUGUUGAGAUCAUUAGAAUCAUAGAAUCAUAGAGUUGGAAGAUACCACAAGGGUCAUCCAGUCCAACCCCCUGCCAAGCAGGAAACACCAUCAAAGCAUUCUUGACAUAUGCCUGUCAAGCCUCUGCUUAAAGACCUCCAAAGAAGGAGACUCCACCACACUCCUUGGUAGCAAAUUCCACUGCCGAACAGCUCUUACUGUCAGGAAGUUCUUCCUAAUGUAAUGUCAGGAAGUUCUUCCUAAUGUUUAGGCCUGAAUUGUUUUGGUUUCUUUGAACAAAGAAUUAACAUCCCUGACACUGGUGUUUUUAUUGUUGACCUGCUCCUGACUCCUGCUCCCCAAGGUCCUUCCCAACCAAUUGGAGACUCCACUGCUAUGCCCACCUUUGCUCCUCUCACUUCAUACCUCUCUGGGUCCUGGGGGAAGAGGAGGCUGUCACAGCAGGAGGGGAAGACACCCUGGCUUCUUCACCAGCCUGACUCAUCUCUGCCUCUUGGCCUCCGUCCUUCCACUUUCCUGCUUCUGCUUCUGCUUCUGGACUUCUCUCUGCCACAGACUCUCCCUGCUCACUAAAUCCUGUUACCUCUUCAGCUUCCAACACCACCUCCUCCCCGUCUGUUCCCUCUUCUUCCUCUGACCACUCAUUGUUGCCCCACCACCACCACUCCCCGGGCUUUGAGCCUUCUUCCCUUGGGGGUUCCCCAGCUGGUGACUCUCACUAUUCCUCUGUGUCCAGCCAGUCCAUGACACUAAUUGUAUGGCAUUUUAAUACAGAACUCUGAAUUUCAGUGCCAAUAAUAUUUGAUGAAGACCUCAAUAAGUGGCAUCAUUAAUGGUGCUUUUUCUUGUGUUGUAACAGGGUUCUGGGACUGUCUGUAAUUUAGGUUAAACAGUAAAACGGGUAAGCCAAGAUGGCCUCAGAUGUCAGCUGUGUAUUAAAAAGCUUAUUUGCACAUCCUGUGAUAUCUGCUCGGCAAGUAACAGCUACUCUGUUGCACAAAAAAUGCUUCUAGCAAGAUAAGCUUAUGAGAAAUGUAAUCACCUAAUGCAGGAAGUAUUUAUUCCUGCCAAGCGCCACAUGAAUAGUCUAUAAAUGUGAAAAGGGAAGGGAGCCUGAUCCUGUGCAGCAUGAGGAUUUCAGUGCCUUCGAGCUGCACACCUCACUCUGCAUAAGAAUAGGGUUAUUGAUGCGCAGGGUGACCUUGGGAGGAAUCCUAUCCCUUUCCUGGGCUUUCCUUUUGCUUCUGACAGCAAUAACAAUGCAGAGCCUUGGUGGCUGAGCAAACCACAGCCCUCUUUAGCUCUGUAAUGUCUGUGUAUUCUGUAGCACAAUUUCCAGGUCAUCGAAGUAAAAAAUGUGAACUUCCCUGGGAUCUGCACCAGCUUGUAAACCCAAAUAGGUUAGCCAUGGAGAGAAAAGCCUUCAUUCCCCCCACCCCUUACUUCAAGUCAGGCAUAGGCAAACUCGGCCCUCCAGAUGUUUUGGGACUACAACUCCCAUCAUCCCUAGCUAAUAGGACCAGUGGUCAGGGAUGGUCAGUAGUCCCAAAACAGCUGGAGGGCCGAGUUUGUCUAUGCCUGCUUCAAGUCUAGUGUAGGUAAGGAAGGAGCCCAAAGAAUCCAUUCCAGAAGCUGCCGUGGCAGCUGGUCAGCAGAGCCAAAGCAAGAUACAUUACUGUAUUGCCUAAGAUGGAAGAUCCGAAUGCUAUACACACACACACACACACACACACACACACACACACACACACACACACUUUUCAGUUGGAAUUCCACAAAAUCAAUUCCUGCAGGAAUGUGUGUUUUUGAUGGAUCAGUCUGUUUAUCUCCGAACUGCUCUGUUUACUACUUUUGCACGUGUAAAAUUGGCUAGCUCUCUGGCAGGACCAUGCCAGAUAAACAACUGCAAUAUAAUAUACCAAAUACGUAUAUUAUCGUUGUCAAGGAGUCAAUUUAGACCUAGGUUCAAAUCCCCACCCAGUAAUGUGACACCCAAAUAUCAAAUGUAUUACUGUAGCAUUCCUUGGCAGAAUGGUAAGAUAACACUCCCAAGUAGCAGGUCAGUGUAGCUCCUAUGAAAUUUGUAGGACUUAAUUCUGCCCAUUUAUAUAGCUUCUUCUUUCUUUCUUUCUUUUUUGCAGGGGUAGGGGAGGAUUCACUAGAAAAGUGGUUCUGAAGGGAUGUUAUGCAUCACACUGGUGUGCCAUGGGGAUUUAAGGACAAUCAAUAUUGUAUUUUAGGAAUAAUUCGUGUUCUUAUGUAGCUGCAUUGUUUUAAACUUUCUGAGGUCCCCAUGAUCAUAGUAUAAGGUAGUUGUGUUCUGUGUUAUAAAUCAAGCACUGCUAGGAGCUGUUUCUUUUUGUUUUCCAAUGUAUUUCUUAUCAAUAAAUAAUUUGGUGUGGUGCAAGCAAAUUUUUAUUCUGAAAUUGUUGCCCAGAGAAAAAAGCUUGAGGACCACUGCAUUAGAGGAAUGCAUACAGCUGUUUAACACGCAUGGUGUCAGGCAGCUUCCUAGGUGAUGAGCGCAAUAAACAUGGAAAGAGGAUGCUGUUGGACCACAUCUGUUUAAAGAAUGGCAAGAGAGAUUAUUUCUGAAAAGAAAGAUGCAGAUCUUCAAGCCUGUUUCAGAAGGUCUUGCCUUUGUUUUUGGUGCCCUCUUCUCCAGCACUUGUGACCUGCCCAUUUGUGCCUCGUAGUAAGA